AUGUCAUUUUUAAAAGAUAUAUAUGAAAGCAUCAUUCCAACUGCUUAUGCUGAUGAGCCAGAAAAUGAAACAGAGGACGAAAUUGCUGACGAAGAAGCCCCAGUUGAACAACCAGAAGAUGCACCAGAAGAAAACGUAGAGGACGAAGAAGUUGAAGCAGAAGGUGGUGAUGAUGACGAUGAAGAGGACGAUGAGGACGACGAAGAUGAUGAAGAUGAGGAAGAAAACGAAGAUCCAUUGGACAAAUUGAGGGAAGAAUGUGUCCAGACUACUGCUUGUAAACCAUUUGAUCACCAUUUCCAUGAAUGUAUUGAAAGAGUAACUAAAGAACAAGAAGAACCAGGCUACGAACAUAAGCAUUACAAAGAAGAUUGCGUUGAGGAGUUUUUCCAUUUGCAACACUGUGUUAAUGAUUGUGUAGCACCUCGUCUAUUCCACAAAUUGAAGUGA